AUGGUCCAAACGUCAACCGUAGUGACGGCCACCGUCGCAACCGCCGCCGCAGCUAUCGUCACUUAUGCCGUCUACUUCGACUACCGCCGACGUAGCCAGGCCGAGUUCCGCCGAGAUCUGAGAAGAAACGAGCGCCGGCAGGUUCGCGCCGAGAAGGAGGAGGCUGAAGCUUCGACGCGCGCUCAACGAGAUGCCAUCAAAGCUCAGGUUGACGAGGCCAAGGAGGAGGGAUUCCCGACCGGUGUCGAGGAGCGCGAGGCCUACUUCAACGAGCAGGUCAUGUCCGGGGAGAUGCUGAGCUCGGAUCCAACCAAGGCCGUUGAGUCCGCUCUUGCCUUCUACAAGGGUCUCAAGGUCUACCCUGCCCCGGGUGACCUGAUUAAGAUCUAUGAUAGCACCGUCCCCAAGCCUAUAUUAGACAUCCUCGCCGAGAUGAUCGCAUACGACUCCAGCCUCGACAUCCGCACUCGUUCCCCCGGCGGCAUCAACCUCGGUGAUAUCCCCAACGUUGGCCUCGACUAA